AUGGCUCCUGACUCUUCGAAACAACCCGUUCAACCUCGCGAUGCACGUAUUGUUUCCCUAAUACUUCAAUCGUUAGGUGUAGAAGAUUAUGAUCCAAAAGUAGUUCAUCAAUUACUGCAAUUUGCACAUAGAUAUACAACAGAUGUGUUCCAAGAUGCACUGGUUUAUUCGGAACAUGCCAACAAGCCUGAUUUAGAUUUAGAAGACAUACAAUUGGCUAUACAGGGACGUGUAAAUCACUCAUUUACAAAUCCACCACCCAAAGAGUUUUUGCUAGAAUUGGCUCAAGAAAAGAACAAACAACCUUUACCUCUCAUACCUGAAAAAUACGGCAUUCGAUUACCAGCCGAUAAGCAUUGUCUAACAGGAAUCAACUUUUCUAUCGUGCCAGAUGUAAGCAUGACUGUUGUUCUCUAA